AACCAAAUCGAAGCAAAAUUAUGGAAAUUAGAAGAGAUCAUAAGAUCUUUGAACUGUCGGUGAUCAAUCUUAAAUACGGAAAAAAAAAAACAGGAAUGAAAACUUCCGGAGGAGAAGAUAAAGACAAAAAUCAGGAGGCUACAGAUCGUGAUACUAACGCCCAAGUUCUUUGGGGAGAAAAAUCAAAAUAAGAGGUUUAAACAGCUAGAGUCAUGAAAGCUUUGGAUCGAGAAAAUAAAGAUUUACCUGGAGUGGAGAAAGGAAGAGAAACAGCUAAGGUGUGCCUCUCUUGUGUGUGCCUUUGUGAGAACAGAGAUCCGAGUUCCUCUAUUUAUCUGUACGGGUGCGUGUCGUUUUUGUUACUCCGGAAGGAGUAAUGAAAGGAGGAUGAAAAUGCGUGAACAAUAUCGUGGUUUAUACUUUUUUUUUUUUUUAGAUUAAGAAAAUAAAAAGAAUUAAUUAUU